CAACCUUACUCUGUUUAAAAUAUUGUAUUGACAUUUAUUAAAUUUACUUAAUGCUUUGUUGCCGGAUUUAGGAUUGUUAUUAUUUUUAGCUUUGAAUCGCUCUUGGAAGGAAAGUAACUAAGGACAAUAUAUAUUAUAGUUUCCUUAUGUGGUGCAUCUGUGGUAUGUGAAAGUGAAAUGUCAUUUAAGUGAUUGGUUCAUUUGAAAUGAUAUUGUUUUCCUAAGCAUAGUGUUUGUACCAUCUGUUUCAUUCAUUGACUGUUUCUGAAAAUCACUUCCAUUUGUUCAGGUUCAAUGCUGCUGGUUUGUGAAAUAUAAUAUGUAAGGAGAUUUUAAAAUUGAGAAAAAGAACAGUUAGUUUAUUCUCAUGUGAAGAAAACAAUAUAUUAAAUAUAUGUGAUGUGAAAUAGUUGCUUUUUGGAAUAUGUAAACCAACUUUGUCAUAGAAAUAAAAUUUAAUGAAAUAUGAUGAACUGUUGAAUAUUUCAUAAAUAAAGAAAUAACAACAAACAUUAAAUAUGAAUAAAAAAGACCGUUCUCGCAGUGUUCAAAAUCUGCACGAAUCAAAGUCCUUUCCAUGCACAAACAAUGAAGUGUCAAAGGCUGUUGGAAACCAGGUUGAGGAAAAUAAAAGAGCUUCCUCUGUGAAAAUCGAGAAAACAAGGUUCUAUUCAGAAUCGGAAAUGAAAGAUGUUACUGUAGCUUCUCAAAAAACAGGUGUUCGUACUACACGGAUAUAUAAAGUGGAACACCAAGACCAUAUCAAGAAAGUUGCAAUCAUGCAUUUUCAGCACACCUUGUUGUAUGAACUAGAUCAGAACCGUCCAUUGACAGGCAUUGUACAGGACAUAUGUGACAAAUGGAAUCUCCCAAACCCAGACGACUUUGCACUUCAGUUUUCAGAGAAAGAAGCAUACAUCACAGAGAGGAAUCGAGCUGACAUUAGCAACGGCAAUGUUUUGAUGCUAACAGAUUCAUCUGCACGUUCAGCGCAGAUCAUCAUAGAUAAGCUGAAUAAGGGCAGUCGAGAGGAUAAAAUUGAGGCUUUGAGAGUCCUAUCACACAAAUGUGUGGAUCAAACAUUUGCCAAGGAAUUCAUAGACAAAGGAGGCUUGAAAAUGGUGGUCACUCAUGUCUCUAAUAGCAGUAAAAAUUUUUCUGGAGACCCACUCAUGUACCUGCUGAAAUCCUUCAUCGCCCUGAUGGAUCAUGGCAUGAUCCCCUGGGACCUCGAAAAUGAGUUCAUCAAAGAGGUUGCGUCUUGUGUGUCUGGUGAUAAGAAGGUAAAUGAUGGGAUUGUCAGACCAGCCUUGGAGAUCCUAGAAAAUGUUUUCAUGCAAUGCACAGACCAAUCCAAGGUGGAGGCAGUUGAUAGCUUCAUCACGACUGAUAAAGUGAUCGAGCACCUGACAAGUUCCAACAAUGAGGUGCAGCAAAGUGCCCUUGCACUCAUCAACGCUAUGUUUAUGAAAUCAUCACCGGAGAAUAAGAAGAAACUGUCGGCUGCCAUCCAGUCUAAAGGGUUCCGAGCCAAUAUAACGAAAAUUCUGGAAGCACCUACUGGCCACGACAUGGCUCAUGAGUUGUACCGGCUACAGAAACUUAUUUUGAACAUGUAUGAGGACAAAAUGAGGACACCUGUGGUCCAUAGCAACCAAACCCAGGUUGAGCUGGUUAAAAAGACCAUUGAAGAAUUGCGGAGAAUAGCGUUUGAUUUUUCCGACCCCUCAGACCAGUCGUCUUCUUCAGCCGCUCGCAAGCCUGAUGUCAACAAGGACUGGAAGAAACUUGGCUUUAUGAACCUGACAGACCCAUAUCGGGACUUUGAGCACGCCCCGCCGGGACUGCUUGCCUUGGAAAACAUGAUCUACUUCGCUCAGAUGCACAAGGAGACGUACAUCAAGGUGGUGCUGGAGAACUGUGGUAGGGCACCUGACCAGGAUUGUCCAUUCAUCCAGGCGGCCAUCAAACUGACCAGUAUCCUGUGUGACCUGCUCAAAAUUGGGGAACUACCCAAUGAGGAUGAGAGCUCGUACUACCCUAUGUUCUUCACGACUGACAAGCCCCUAGAAGAGUUCUUCUCCACGUGCAUCAACCUGGUGAACCGCACCUGGAAGGAAAUGAGGGCGUCAAAGGAAGACUUUGAGAAGGUGCUCAGUGUUGUCAAGGAGCAGAUCACGAGGGCCCUGGACAGGAAUCAGAUGCCCAGGACGUUUGAGAUGUUCAAGCAGAAGCUGGUGGUGCUGGCGUACCCUGAACUGCGCAAGAUCUGGGAGGCAGAGAGACAGAAACGUGAGGAGAGCAAGGCGCAGGCCAAACCUAUACUGGAGUUGCGAGCCAUGCUGAAGCCAGAAAUCAUGGAUCUGAUACGCAGACAGCGGCUCACAUACCUGGAGGGCGGGACACGCUUUCACAAGUACGACGAGAAAGGAAAUAAAGUAAAAAACCGCUACCAGUACUGGAGACUUGCCGCCAAUCACAAGGCAUUCUCCUACGGUGACUGUAGCGAUAUGGAAUCACCUGCAUUGGAAGAACUUCAACACAAAGUAGCCAUCCAAGAAAUCAAAGGUCUCGUCACCGGGGCAGACUGUGCAAAACUGCUAAAAAAUGCAAAAAUCAAGUUGGACCAGAUGUUGCCAUUUGCUUUGGUAUUGGAGGCGUCUAGACCUGACGAGGAGAAGUUCUUCUUUUUCAAUGCCAGCUCGGACCAGGAGGCCAUGAUCUGGGAGGAUGGAAUCAAUGCACUGCUCAAUGAACCCAUGCGGAGCAAACAGACGCGGGAUGACUCUGACGUCCUACUCAACAUGGAGAUCAAGCUACGGCUCCUGGAGACGGAGGGAAUCACGAUUCCCAACGAGCCUCCGCCCAUUCCGCCCCUCCCUGACAACUUUAACUUUGCCUACACCAUGGCAGUAUAACAUGGAGGAAUCUGAUAGAAGUUGAAAAAUCUUAGCAUUUUGCAUCAUAUGCCUUGAAGCUUGAGAUGCAGUCUUGAUGUUUGGUAUUUGUCCAUCAAAUUAAAUAUUAGCCGUGCUCUCAGCACACCAGGCUUAAUACAUGUUAAGUGUUGUCCUACUCAGGCUAAUCAGGGACAAUACUUUCUGCCUAGACUGGAUUUUCAUGUGUGCCAAGUAUUGCCAAACCUGGAGGGACAAUACUUUCUGCCUAGACUGGAUUUUCAUGUGUGCCAAGUAUUGCCAAACCUGGAGGAGUCUGAUAUUUGUUGAAAGAUCUUAGCAUUUUACAUUAGAUACGUGCUCUGAAAAAACCAGGCUUAGUACAUGUUUGUAAAGUGUUGCCCUAUAUUAGCCUGUGCAGUCCACACAGGCUAAUCAGGGACAUCAAUUUUCCCCCUAGACUGGAAUUUCAUUUCGAAGAGACUUUUCUUAAAAGUAAAAUUAAUUUAAAGCGGAAAUUGUCUUCCCUGAUUACCCUGUUCAGACUGCACAUGCUCAUCUGGGACGACACUUAACGCACUUACUUUCAGCCCUGUUUUCACUGAGUAAGGCUCAUAUAUAUUUGUUAUGAAAUGUUAAGUAUAAUUAUACACAACAGAAAGGAGCUACUUUUGUUACUCAAAAUUUCGGUCAAAGGCCUUUCUCAGGACUUGUUUUAUCAGAAUUAAUUAUUGUAAGAUGUUUAGUAAGAGGUAUUACUGUAGUAAUACUGAGUGUUAAGGAAAUAUUAUCAUCUGCUAAAUUCUUAGGAUAUUGUUUGUAAGUUUUUCUUGUUGUCAGUAAUGAAUGUAGAAUAUUAUAAGCUUAGAAGUUUAAGUAAGAGCACUGUGGCUUUACUUGUUUUCAUGGCAAAUUAAUGAGUUUAAAUUAUUUCUUAAUAUUUGAUGGGUUUAAGAAUACAAAUUAUCAGAAAUGUAAGUUUCAGUUCUGCCGACUUAAUGUAUGGUAUCAUUUUUCACCAGCCAAAAUCAUACCACAUUCUGGCAACAGUUUUGUCAUCAAUUACAUUGUAAUUGUAUUCAAAUUGGAAAAUGCUUACUUGAAAUGUUGCAUCCAGCUCAAAUGUUGAUUGUGAAGACAGAAAUUCUUUAUGACUAUACUAGAUUUUUGUUCAUAACAUAUUUUUUUAAACAAUAAUUCCAAAAAAGCAGACAGUAUCUGGUAUGAUAAUUUAUGCACAUGCUUUGAGGUUUCUUGGCCUGGUUUCUUCAGAGUCUGGCUCAUAUUUUGCUGUUGGUUUAGUAGAAUUUCAGCAUUCUUCAUUGUUGACCCAUAUUCACUGAACUUUUGAGUGGAAACUUAAAGAAAUUACUAUAAAUGAUAACACUGCAUGUGUAUCUGGCUAGUCAAUGUAUACAUACAAAAUAUUUCUAAAAUUAUUAUUGUGUUUUAAUGUUGAAAGCAGAAAACGCUGGAUUUUGCAUAUACAGUUUCAUCUGAAAAUGUCAUGUUGGUACAAUUUAAGAAAGGAUCCCUCUUAUGUGCUUUGUGAAUACAGACCCCUGGCUUCAUUUGACCUUGCUCAAUUCUUCAUGGCUUCCAUAGUUUUGACAUAAUAAUCUCAUAUGUCGUGCAAUAAAAUUGUGCUUGUUUAUUUCUUGAAAUAUGUAUACAACUGAGUAGAUUACUGGUAACCCAUUUAUGCCUAGCGUCUAGAAAAAAUGCCUUGGCAAACAUCAUAGACCCAGAUGAGACGCCGCAUGAUGCGACAUCUCAUCAGGGUCUGCGCUGUUUGCUUAAAGGAAUUUUUGUAAGAAAUAUUCUAAAAAUAGACAUAAGUAUACUAGAUAUCCCUAAUUUUUUUAAUAAAUUGAUCCACUAGGCAUAACUGGGUUAAAACACCAUUGUAGCUUGUAUUUGAAUUUCAAUAAGCAGAUAAUCAUACACUUUACUCACUACAGGGGUCUAACUUGGAUAAAUGAAUCCGCCUGGCAACUUUUUGUAGGAUGUUUUUUCUUAUUCAAAUUGAUACAAAAGUUUUGAUAUGGUAAAAUUUGUAUUUGAAUAUUAUUUCCACAUGUAUUCUAUAUAUCUGCUAGGGACAUGCAUGUGGUUUAUUAUUAUAAACCUGCAAUACAAUGAUGCAUUCAUGUUGCUUGUGAUAUGUUUUCCAUACUACAUGUUAACUCUAAUCACUGGCAUUACUGUACAAAUAUUUUGUUUCAUUUGUCUUUUUACUAUCAUUGUGUUAUAACAAUUUUGAAUUUUGUCUAUUGACUUUGUGACAGUCACAAUUCUUUGUGUCACAGUCAAAAAACAAUUAGAUCACCCUAUGUCUGACGUCCAUGCUUUGUGGGGUGUCAAGUGUGUGGUGUGUGUCCUCAACUUUUGCUCGAAUCCACUCCAGAGGCUAAAUUUUCAUAAAUCUUGAAGAAAUUUUGUCAGGAUGUCUAUCUUGACAAUAUGUAGACAAAGUUGGAACAUGAGUUAUGUGCGUCGAAAAACAAGGUCACCAUGUCAAAUCUUCGCCUUGAACAUGCCAUUUUUUAAUGGAUUUUUUUAAUAAAUUGACACAAAUGCAAUCUAUUAUGACACAUAAGUAAGAGUUAAAACUUGUCUCCCUACUAUAAUAGUCAAGAUCACACUUCUUUUUUUACUGCAUAUUUGUCAAAUUUUAAGAUAACUUACCAUUAAUGCUAACAGGAUUUUAAGACAAAGUGUACUUUAGCAACACCUAUGCCUCAUUAACACAUGUCUUGUUUACUUUAGGUCAAUACAAUUGUUUCUUACUAAGCCUUGCCUUCUAACAAUUGGUGUCCAUGAACUCAGGUUAGCGUUUGAAGACCAAAAUGACCUCUUGUCUUUGUUUAUUAAUUUGCUUUUGUCAACAUACUUUGUAUAAGCUUUUAAAUUAUAGCUUUUUGUUUCAUUUACAGCUUGAAGUCAUUUUCUAUAUUACAUUCCAUAUGUUAUAUGACAUGUUUUAUACUGAAAAUACAAGAAAUACAAUUAAAUAAAAUUCUUUUAAAAUUUA